AAUUCUUUUUGGUGGGUGAUGGGGGUGGUUUAUUUUUAUUCCUUUUGAAGUUAAAUGAGCUGAAACACGUAUACACUGCUGUACAUGAAAAAUAACCUGUACCUGAAUACUUUCCAACAGUGACUGGCGUCAUUGACCCGUACUAGACAAUGUGUGGAUUUAAAAUCCAUUUCUUUAUUUUCGAUAUUGGUUUACUGUGUAUUUCACGAAGCCAUUACGAGCCUUGAAGUGAGUUGGGAGCAUUUUGUCUUCUUUUGUGUUAUAAGUGACCAUGUUCGUGUCUCCUGUGUGUCAUGGCACACGCUUCUAAAAGCGCCUCCUGAUUGGCGAGUAAGGAUGGAUGAGGAGGAGUGGGAGUGGAACAAGAUGGGAUACAUGAGCUCACCGUACAGAGCUCCUAAUCCCCACUCAGAUGAAGUAAUUACCGCCAAAAACAGAAGAUGACAACGUCUCCUUCACUUGCUCCCGAGAUGCAUUUUAUGGAGCUUGGGGGAAAAGUCAAUGCCGAGUGUGAUGGGAGCCCCCUCACCUGCUUAGGGCAGGAAACGCACAUCGGGUGGGAUGGACCCAGAAUCUUGGAAGCAUGCUCGGAGGGAUUGAAGACAAGCAGCAGCAGCAGUAGCAGUAGUGUGUUUUCCUCUGAUGAUUCACCAGAGCCUGUCACUGACGAGGACUGUGCAGGAAUUCUGCUGGCUUGUCUGCAUUGUCGCUUCCCUGAGUUUAUGCACCUGCUGGUGGACACAUUCGACCGGGCUGUCGGCCAUUGCUUUCCUUCAGUGAAUCGUGUCACCGAAUCUAUUGAGGGCGACCAUCAGGGAUGGGAGUGCCUGACCUGCAACCUGGGACUGGACUGGAACUUCUGCAACUCCUGCCAGGACUCAGCAGAACUUCUCGAGCUGGCCAUGGAGAUAUCAGAAGUAUGCUAUCGCUGAGAAGAGCCCGGUAAAGGUGAAGGUGGCACGGCACGCUUUAAUACAAAAUUGUCACUGAAAAGUUGUCAUUCUAACACAGUGGUACCCAACCAAAGUGCCAUGAGAGAUCAACGGGUGUGCAAGAGAACUCGAGUGACCCCUGCUGAGUUGAGUGCAAUAAUGGGCUGCCCCCCAUGUGUCAGAAUUGGAAUGUAAACUUGAUUUAGUAUUCCUCCGAAAGGUACUGCGUGCUCUUCUAGUUCACAAGUGUCAAACACAAGGCCCGGGCCAGAUCGGUUCCUGCCACAUGAUUUUAUAUGUCUCACAAAAACAAAUUGUCUGCAUAAACUUAUUUUUUCUUGCUAGAAUACCAAAUUGCAACUUCUCUUUACUUUGAAAAACGAGCAAGCGUUUUUUGUCAUCAACCGCCCCCUGACCCUCGUAUUUUUCAUGCACUUUUUUAUUUGCGCCGUAUCUUUUUUGAAGGCACGUUUAAACGUUACCAUAGUGACCAGAAAAUGUUGCAGCCAGAGAGGACGUUCCUUGUGUCAUGAUUCGUGCUUAUUAAGUUUCGAAAAUACCACAUUUUCAUGCAGGUCAUAUCUUAUAUUGUAUCCGGCCUAAAAGGUCGGCCCCUUAAAAUAUUGUCUGACGUGAAACCGGUCCAUGGGGCAAAAAAGGUUGGGGACCUCUGCACUAACCGGCCUCGUUGUCACUUUGAAUACAAGAGCUAAGUACACAUGGAGGCCAAGGUCGUCAUUUGCAGUGGCGUACAAUUGUACCGCGUUAUCCUGAGAAUCGUCUGAUAUUGUGGAAAUCAUUUCAGACCCAAUGGAUACAUUUCACUGGAAUAAAGAAAUGCUGCUGACUAUAACAGAAA